GGUAUUACAUAAUCAUAUGAACACUGUAAUCCGCUCCGGCCCGUUUCUCAGAGCUGGCCUGGUUUUAAUGCAGUGAUUUUACAGUAUCGGAACAUUAAUGGGUCUGAACCGGGUCUAUAUCAGUACCGGCUAUGCCACACUCGGCCUUUUAUUCGGACUUUCCGCUUUUAUCGUCUGGAAUGUGCUUUACUGGCAGCCCUGGACCGCGGCGAUGGGCGGCUUAUCAGGAGUGCUGGCUCUGUGGGUAUUGGUUACACACGUUAUGUAUAUUCAGGACUACUGGCGCACAUGGCUAAAGGGACUCAAGCUCUUCAUGGUGGCCAGUGCUGUUUUCUCCAUGCUGGCUGUCGCUGCUUUCGCCACUUUCAUGACUCUUGCGAUUACUAAAAAGCAAGCGCUGACAGACCCACAGAGCUUUUAUCUGUCGUGUGUUUGGAGUUUCCUCACCUUCAAGUGGGCCUUCCUCCUCGGCCUGUAUUCCUACCGGUACCGCCAGGAGUUUGCUGACAUCAGCAUCCUCAGUGACUUCUGAUUGGCUGCUUGUUCGGAACUGAAUGUAUUGGUUUUGCCCGUCGGCGGCUCGCCUGUCAAUCUCAAGGUGGGUAGAGAGAGAUCCAGCUUGCUGAGCAGGAAGACGCGGAGAGAUGAUCUUCCUGUUUUCACUACAGAAUACCACCCUGGAUACCCUGGAUACCCCAGAACAGCUUUCCCUCUUUCCAGAAUCAGUCCUGUAGGAAAUCUACGUCUACAUCCCAUUCCUGUUACAUUGUUUAACCGCAAGAAUGAUAUUUAAUAUUUAAACCAAUCACAUUUAUCUGUAUACAUACACUGUAAACCCUGUCCAAUCAUUACUUAACUAAACUACUUAAAUUUGUGGCCACAAAUGUACAUUCCAACUAAGACUUUUGAGUUGAAUCAACUUAUACAAUAAGUGAGUUCAAUUUUUUUGGAUACAAUCCGGGUUAGCACCCAAACAUCCCUUUCAGACAGCUUCCUCUUACAGCGUCCACAGUUAAUCCUGUUGCAUGUGGUUCGUCCUUCUUGGUGGUAUGAUGACAUUACCCUGGAUACCGUGGCUCUUGAUACAUCACAAAGACUUGCUGUCUUGGUCACAGAUGCGCCAGCAAGACGUGGUAUGUUUGGACAAAACUGUGCUCUUACCCUGCUAAUUGAACCUUCACACUUUGCUCUUACUGGUGCAAUAAUGUGCAAUUAAUACAGAUUGGCCACCAGGCUGGUCCAAUUUAGCAAUGAAACCUCCCACACUAAAAUGACAGGUGUUUCAGUUUCAAUGUCCAACCCCUGUAUAUUGUACUGUUCAUACUAUAGUGUUUUCUUUCUCCAUCACGUUUUCUACAAGUAUUUCAAAUCUAUAGUUUACUUGAAUUAAAUAAUGAGGAAAAUUGAACAAAAAAGGCAUUUGAAAUGAAAUACAAAUCAGUUAAAUUAAUUUAUAAUUCAGCAUAAUUACUAAAAGUUUAAGUAGAUUAAAAUGGUACAAUAUUUCUCUUCAGGUGUUAAAUGUGUCUCGCGAGACUUAUUCACAGGUAACCAAAACAAAUGUUUGAUCAAUUUUGGACGAAAAACAGAAGCGCUGGACUGCUUGAAUGAGCCGCUGUACACACACACACACACACAGAGCGCAAAACCGUGGACACUUGUGGAGGCAAUAUGCUGAUGCAACGCUGUAAAAAAACAUAGAGAUUCGGUCAUAGGUUGCCGGGUCCGUAUAGAAUCCUCAAGGUUGAUUGCCAUUUGAAAACAGAAUCGUCACUGAGGGGAUUCUGGUGAUAGUUGUAAAGUCUGAAGGGACUCAUGUGAGAUCAUACAGGAGAGAAGUUGUCAGGUAAUUGCAUACUAUAUUUUACUGCAUAUGAUAAAUCAUACAUAAUUCAUCAUGAUCAGGGUAAAAAUAGUUUGACAUCUAUUACAAGAUGAUUACUUACAAAAUAUAAACAAAAAAAAUCACCUGCAGUUUUGCACUUUGCGAGUUUUAAUCAAAUCAAAUAUUCUCAAUCAUAUAUUUCAACUUAAAAAAAAUAUAUAUUGUUAAAAUCUGGUCUUGUUCUCGUGAAUCCAAUGCUUUGCUUCAUCUUGUGAGAUGAGAGUCUCAUCACCCCUAGUUUUAAGUCUAAUUAACUUUAAAAAAAAAUUGAUGCAACAGAUUGCCUGCAUUUUUUAAGUAUAUUUAACGUAUUCAGGCUUACAGUGUAUAUAUAUGUGUGAAUGGUUGAGAGAGUAUCUGAUGAUGAAUGAUGAUUUGAGCAGUGAUGAAAUUUAUAUCUAUGAUUGUGGACUCUGUUCUUUGAUUUAAUGUAGGAGAAUGCAUUUGGUUACAUGUUGUAUAAACACUAUUUGCAUUGAAGGCCAUAAUCUAUAUUUUUUAUGUAUUGAAUGUGAGUUAUAUUAUUAUAUAUGUAAUAUUUCUUUAAGGUUUUUUUAUGCAGUUAAUGCUGUAUGUUCACCUUAUUGGGAGUUGCAGUAAAUGUCAACAAAAGCCACUAAUCAUCAAAUAAAUGCGUAAAGUAAAAAGCUUAUUUAGGCUGAUUAUGUUCAUAAUGUUUUGGCCCCUGUCCAAGUAGGACACAUAGGUGGGCUUUGAGGAAAGUAAGUGUUAGGCCUGUCACGAUAAUUAUAUUACUAAUUUAUCAUACAAUAUAUGGAUAUGACCUUAAUUUGAAUAAUUAUUUUGCUUACCUUGAUAUUGUCCAUGCCAACUCAUUUUAACACAACUUAUUUUAUCUAGGUUUGUUUGUUUGUUUGUUGUUUUGUUAAUAUAUAAAAAUAUAUAUUUCUAUUCAAAUGUUUAAAUGUCUUAAUAUAUUCAGAAUGAUUAAAAGUUCAUUGUUCUUUUAAAGGAUGUAACUGCAUUAUUGAUAUUGUUACUGUAAUUUCCGGGCUAUUGAGCGCACCUGAAUGUAAGCUGCACCCACUAAUAAAAAGAAAAAGUGUACAUAUGCAGGCCGCACCUGAUUAUAACAUUAUAAGCCAUUAUAUUAUAAGCCAUUAAGUAGGCUAUGUAUACAAAUAACAUUACAUACCGCGAACAAUGCUACGACAUGGGAAAAAAAAGUAGAUUAAUUACAGCGUCUGCCAGUUUAAAAGGCAUUUUCUGCUCAUGAUCUGUUACAGGGCUGCUGUGCUUGCCAUCAGUUAUCUAAAUUUAUAACUUGGUGCUUAUCAAUGCGAAAGCAUUACAGUUACAUAAUAUAGUGUCCAGAUUUUGCGAGGUGUCGCUACCGGUAGCCUAGCUUAAAUUGUGCUUCAGCAGAGGUGUUCCGCUGCUUUAUUUUAGUUAUUGCAAUCAAAGCAAUGUGAAUACAAACCAUUUCAGUCAUAAAUAAAAUAAAUAAUAGUCAAAUAAUAAUACAAUACAAAAAAGAAUUGUGUUUAUUGACUUAAUUCCAACUGUACACUGUAAAAAUGAGGAAAGAAAUAUAAUAUAAAAGUGUAUAUCAGAGGUGUCCAAACUUUUUUUGUUGGGGGCCAGAAGGAGAAAUAUAUUUGAAGUCACGGGCCACACUCCGUAAUAAAACAAAUAAUCAAAUAUACCACUUUAAAUAAUACAUUUUUCCUGAUUAUUUCAUUUACACACCAUUUUACUUGACUUACUAUCUUUAUCUUUGACAGUGUUGUCUAAACUAAGAUUUUUCAAAUUAAUGUUUAAUUUUAUGAUGUCUCUUAAUAAUAAACUCCUUAAUUACGGCAACUUUCAGACUCUUUGGCCCGUUUUUCUGCGCUAGAAGUGCGCACCCUCUCCGCUUUUAGACUCUUUGUCCCGUUUUUUUGCGCUAGAAAUGCGAACCUUCUUCGCUUUUAGACUCUUUGUCCCAUUUUUUGCGCUAGAAAUGCGCACCCUCUUCGCUUUUAGACUCUUUGUCCCGUUUUUUUGCGCUAGAAAUGCGCACUCUCUCCGCUUUUAGACUCUUUGGCCCGUUUUUCUGCACUAGAAAUGCGCACUCUCUCCGCUUUUAGACUCUUUGUCCCGUUUUUUUGUGCUAGAAAUGCGCACCCUCUUCGCUUUUAGACUCUUUGUCCCAUUUUUUGCGUUAGAAAUGCGCACCCUCUCCGCUUUUAGACUCUUUGUCCCGUUUUUUUGCGCUAGAAAUGCGCACCCUCUCCACUUUUAGACUCUUUGUCCCAUUUUUUUGCGCUAGAAAUGUGCACUCUCUCCGCUUUUAGACUUUUUGGCCCGUUUUCUGCGCUUGAAAUGUGCACUCUCUCCGCUUUUAGACCCUUUACCCUGUUUUUCUGCGCUAGAAAUGCGCACUCUCUCCGCUUUUAGACUCUUUGCCCUGUUUUUCUGCGCUAGAAAUGCGCACCCUCUCCGCUUUUAGACUCUUUUACCCGUUUCUGACACCUAGCGCUCAAACUUUGAAUCUCACAUUAUAAAAACCUGCUUAACAGCGGGCCAACUAUCAUUCUAUUUCUAAAAUACCUCGCGGGCCGCUCCAAAAAAGGAAAUGGGCCGCAAAUGGCCCGCGGGCCGUAGUUUGGACACCCCUGGUGUAUAUAAUGGAUUUUGGGACAGUUUGGGACUUUUUAUAUAAUUAAUUUGUAAGCCUAAUAUAAAUUUAUGAGAGGGUAAA